GUAUUUACGGACAAUCGAAACCAACAUUUUCCAGUCUGAACUUCUACUGCAAUCCAUGGUCUGUCAUGAAAAUAGUUAUAUUUAUUUUAUAGUCUGAAUUUGAACAUCUGCAUUACUAUAUAGCAUGUAGUGUUAAGUAAGCAGCCUAACUUACACGUCACCUUAUUUGGAAAGGACCUGUAGGCCUACUCUGUCAGUUGGGAGUAAGUGGAGCUGAAUGCAGUUUUUGUUCUCAUGGUUGUGUAAAAGUGAAAAAGCGAACAGAGAUGCAGGACAAGAAACAAGACUCAGUGGAAAGGCCAGCAGAUGGCAAUAAGAAUCAGACGAGUGACUCCCUCCAACAGGUUACAGCCCCUGGAAAUUCCAAGGGGAGAAAGAAGAGAGGAAAGAAAAAGAGGAGUGCCAAGAAGAUGGAGGACAAGGAGGGAGAGAUGGACAAAUUUGCCCCAUUGCAGUCUGUCCUGGUUCAAUCACAAUCAGAGGAAUCUAGCCCAGCCCAAUCCCCAUCAGUGCAAGCUGACCCACCCUUAGGGCAAUCUAAUCGAGAGAAACCUACACCAGAGCAACCUAUCCCGGAGCAACCCAAACCAGAGACACCCAAACCAGCACAACGUAACCCUGCCCAACCACUUACAGGGCAUCAAAACCCAGCCACGCCCCCUUCAGCGCUACCCAAUCAAGCCCAACCAGAGCAACCCAAUCCAGUGCACCCGAACCAAUCCCAACCACCUUUAGACCAUCUCUCCCUAACCCAGUCAAAGGACCAGCCAACUGAAGCCCAACCACAUCCAGAUCAGGGUCCUCCAACCCGGUUAUCCACAGAUCAGUCAUCUCCACAACAGUCUUCACCAGAUCAGCCAGAUCCGUCAUCUCCACACCAGUCAUCACCGGAUCAGUCAUCUCCAAACCAGUCAUCACCAGAUCAGUCAUCUCCACAACAGUCAUCACCAGAUCAUCCAGAUCCGUCAUCUCCACACCAGUCAUCACCAGAUGAGUCAUCUCCAAACCAGUCAUCACCAGAUCAGUCAUCUCCACAACAGUCAUCUCCACAACAGUUAUUACCUAAACAUCCAGAUCAGUCAUCACAGUCAUCUCCAGACGAGGACAAACCUAAGAAAAAGGGAGAUCCAAACAAACUUUCCCUUCUGACCUGGAACAUAGAUGGCCUGGACCUGAACGAUAUCAAGGAACGUCUCUCAAGGCUACUGGACUACCUGAUCAAGUACCACCCCGACAUUGUGCUACUGCAAGAGGUUAUUUCACCAAUUUACCAGGUUUUACAGCAGGUUCUGAAGCCGUAUCACGUGUUGCCGGGUAGUGACAGAAGCUAUUUCACUGCCAUACUGCUGAGGAAGUCCAGAGUUCAACUUCUGGAGAGUAGCAUAGUGAACUACCCCACCACAGAGAUGAGGAGAAACCUGCUUAUGGCCCAUGUUUCUUUCCUUGGCCAUCCAUUGUGUGUGAUGACGUCCCACAUGGAGAGCAUGAAGCCCCAAUCCCUGGAACGCCAGAACCAGCUGAGGACGGUGUGGAAGACAAUGAGGGAGCAGCCCCAGGACCACAGCGUCAUCUUUGGGGGAGACACCAACCUCAGGGACUGGGAGGUGAAGAACCAGGGCGGUCUACCCGAGAACAUCUGUGACGUAUGGGAGUCCCUGGGCCGGCCGGAAGACUGCCGGUACACCUGGGACUGUGUCACCAAUGACAACAAGGACCUCCCUUUCCCCGCACGCCUGCGCUUCGACCGCAUCUUCCUGAGGCAGGCCGGCGAGGGGUCAAAGGUCAGCCCAGAUGGCAUCACCCAGGUGGGCCUGGAGAGGUUGAAUGACUGUCAACGCUUUACCAGUGACCACUGGGGUCUCCUCUGCACCUUCGUCAUAAAACCACUCAGUCAAGCAACACCUGAAUGAUACAAAGGGAACAGUUAGCUGUCCAUGUCAUGUCAACCUGGAACAGCAUAGAAGUCUUUGCCCAUCUUCUUUAUGUACAUUGGGAGAUUUUGAGAUUUUGAACUAGGAUAGAACAGGAUUAUGGGCACAGCAAUAGUGAUUCAUGACUUCAUUUUCUAUGUUUGGCAACUGCUGCUGUUCCAAGGCACACUUUUAAUUUAUCCAGCCACAUAUUUGUCUGUGCCAACAGGUUAUGUACCCUAUUCAAGGGCACAUUCAUACUGUCUUUGGACUUGGAAGCAGAAACUAUAUUGGCUAUAACUAUAUCUGAUUAUUGUCUAUCACUGUUUUAAACAUCACAGCAUCAAGCCAAUUUCACAAUAAACUCAUUUUUGUUCCAGACAGUAAUUAUUUGUAUUUGUAAUUAUUACACUUCGAUAUGACUUUCUAUGUCAUUUUAAUUUGCAAGGCUGUAUUGUUUUAGAGAACAGUUUAUUAACUUGCUGUUACUGUAACAGAUCUCUACCAUUUUGCACUCACAAAGUGAACGUGUUGUGUAUUAAAAGCCUUAUCCAACCAUUCAGUAAAAAUAGUACAGAAGAACCCCAUACCAAACAUUUUCCUACUCCAAAUGAAUGAAGUUAGUUCUGAUUUCUCUCCACUAGAGGUAGCUCUGGCCGUAUCCCAAAUCCACUCACUGCGCCAGACACUGAGUGACCUCCAAAAAUAAACUCCUUUAUCGCAUUAGGGAUAAAGCCAGCCCUAUGAAUAACACCUGUCUAGCCCUGAUAUCACCACCCCAACAGAGCCACCCUCACCGUGAGAGAGAGAAAGCGAGGUGCAUUCAUUCAUGAAACCGGUGCUUUGUCAAUGGUAUCCAGUGUGACAUUAAGAUGCCAAAUCAGACAGGAGAAAAUACAGACAAAACAGACUUCAAACAGUUUUUGGGACUACAUGACCACAUGUAUGCUCUUUCCUGAGCAGCUGGUCUGGUUGAGACUGACGGUAUCUAAUAGAUGUUCUGUCUUGACUGUUUCUUUAAUGCUUCUCUCCUCUCUUGGCCUUCUCUAUUACUGAUAACCUCAAGAAUGAAUGCUCC